UCUUUUUUUCCUUCCGCUACUGUUGUCCUUUCUCUCCCCUCAAUUCCCUUCCCUUCAUUGCCUUCGUCUCUCAGGGCCAUGGUGCUCAUCUCUGACCAUUUUCAGUACUGCGAGCUUCCACAAGUUCCAUGAGGUACCAGAUCUGUGACCCACCCUUGCUGCAUUCCUUGGUAUGCUUUUUCUUAACAAUGCAAGAAGAAUUGUCGGCCGUUCAUCGCGUGUCAGGCUCCAGGUAUGUCGUAAUCGAUCUCGAUACCAGCUUGCUCAUUCCUGGCUAGCUCGACUUCAUCUACCUUCAACUCCGUGCGUUGAGCGAUGGUCGCCCUUUCGUAUGACCAACCUCGUUGAACCUCCCUUUGUCGAUACGGGGACCCUCACCCCCUCUUUCCGCAGGCAUUCGGAACAAAUCGUAGUGUUCUCGAUAUCAUCUUGCUCAUCCCUGGCUAGCUCGACUUCGUCUCCAUGCGUUGAGCUACGCCGCCCUUACGCAUGACCCACCUCGUGUGCCCCUCUCCGUCUGUGCCCCUCUCCGUCAAGAACUCACCCCAUCAACUUUCCGCAGCCAUUCGGAGCAUAUCACCGUGCUGGACAUUGCCA